AUGGAUAAUGGAGAAACAGGACAUACUAGAGCUUCAACCGAAAAGGCUCUUCAGCAUGCGUAUCCAUCUACUCCUGCAAGCAUUGUCCGACAUAAAUCUGAAGUCUUGCUCCCACCAAAAGAUGCAGACUCCGAGCCUCAGCAGGAAGCAUAUUCCGUUUUCACCAAAAGAGAAAAGCAUGUAGUGGUUUUUCUUAUUACAUUCGCUGCAACCUUCUCUCCUUUAUCCUCGUUUAUAUUCUUUCCUGCUAUCAACGCCCUCUCUCUGUCCCUCAACGUUUCAGUGGAAAAGAUAAAUCUUACCGUGACCUCCUACAUGAUAGUUGCUGGACUCGCGCCGGCCAUUGUUGGUGAUCUGGCUGAUAUGACAGGAUUGGCGGUGCAGAAUAGUUGGAUAGCGCUGUUCCUGUUGAGGAUGAUGCAGAGUGCUGGUGGCGCUGCAACUAUUGCGAUGGGGUACGGGGUGAUCUCUGAUAUUGCUCCACCGUCCGAACGUGGGGGUUAUGUUGGAGUGGUGCUUUUAGGCCCCAAUAUUGCAACUGCAAUUGGCCCAAUCCUCGGGGGAGCCUUGAGUGAAGCUCCUGGAUGGCGCUGGAUAUUCUGGGUUCCCGCUAUAGCAUCGGGGAUCUGUAUCUUGCUCAUCGCUCUUUUCUUACCCGAAACAGCCCGUUCUAUCGUCGGGAAUGGUUCGCGACACGUUUCAGCUCUCUAUCGCCCAAUUUUCCGGUAUCACCAGUCGAGAAAGCCCACCCCGCUGCCUUCUCUUAACGAGGAAGAGAACACUCCACGGAAAUUCCGGAUUCCAAACCCUCUCGCGACUCUGAAAAUCCUCGCAUCCAGGGACAGUCUUCUCAUCACUGCCAUAUAUGGUAUCUAUUACAUGAGCUUUAGCUGCCUUCAAGGUUCUCUGUCGACCCUUUUCAUUGACAUCUACAAACUCUCAGAGCUCAAGGCAGGGUUGGUCUACCUACCCUUUGGUAUCGGGUCCUGUAUUGGCGCAUACUGCUCAGGGAAAAUCAUGAACCGUGACUACCGCCUCACAGCUCGCGCCCAUAAUCUUGUAGUAGAUACUACCCAUGGCGACGAUCUCAGUGCGUUUCCCAUUGAAAAAGCCCGGUUCAGGAGUAUAUGGUACUCCAUCUGCGCAACAGGGAUCUCCACCACUGGAUAUGGGUGGGCAUUACAGUCCAGAUCUAACCCUUAA